AUGCUGCCUCACCAGCUAAAGCGAGCUGUCGCCGAGGCGGAGGCGCAUGCGGCGGCCCAGAAUGGUACGCGGGGCGGCGACGGUGGAGGCGGCGAGUCCUUACCGGCUGGAGAGGCCGACAGACUUCGACAGCUUCAGAAAGAUCGAGCGCAGCUGCAGCUCCGAAAACUGCAGGCAGACGCAGGUUUGAUUUCGAAGCAAGCGGCGGUGGUGGCGGCUGCGGGUUUGGAGUGGCUGUACGACGAGCCGAAGGGGCAGAAGGAGGCGCAGGAGGCGGCAAGAGAAGCAUAUCUCCUGGGGAAGCCGCUCGAGGCGCCGUCUGCGUCUUCGGCGUCUGCAUCUCGAGCGGACCAAGUUGCGGCCGCGCGGGGGGGGCGGGAGCGACAGGGUGAGGUCCAGAGCGCCUCACUGUUUCUGCCGGAAGGAUCUCUGCUGCGCGCGAGCGAUGACACGCUGCGGAAGCUGCGAGAGGACCCGUUGUUUCUGAUCAAGCAGGCCGAGAUCACGCAAAAGAAGAUCCAGGAGGCGAACCCGCUGCUCCGGCAGAGAGAGGCGGAACGGCGGGAGAGACGGCGCCUAGAGGAGGAGGAGAAAAGGCGACGCCGCGAGCGAAAACGCGAACGCAAGCUGCAGAAGAAACUGAAGGAGAGGAAGCGACGGCGACGAAAGGAAGAAGCCGAUCAAGAGGCGCGGAGACGCAGCCGAUACUCCAGCGACGAAGACAGCGGAUACCGAGAGGAGAGAAGGCGAGAGAGGUACGAGGACUCAAGACAAGGGGAGCGACGCGGUGGCCACGAGUGGGGCAGACUCAAAGAGGAGCCCGCGAGAGAGAGGCGCGAAGGGCGCGGCUUUUUCAAUGCAUGCGUCCGCGGGUCAAGAUUUGGAGACUCCAGAAGCUCGUGCAGACGGAGGCAAAGCGCAGAGGCGCCUUCCAGGUCCAGUCGUUCCGUCUCCGGCGACCGGGGAAGGCGAGGAGAGCGAGAACAACGUGGACGAUCAAGAAGAGCCAGACGCUCAUCUUCGUCGCCUGACGCGCGACGCCGAGACAGGCACCGACGGAGAAGCAAGCACAGCGAAGGGAGUGACUCAUUUUCUUCGUCUUCUUCGUCCUCGUCGUCUCCUUCGCGAUCCAGAAGGCGGUCGACGCUUCAGCCGCCACCUGAGGAGAAGCGCACAGUUCAGGAGGCGCCUGCUGUCAAGAAAGAGCCUAUGCUUCUUCCAGUGAAACGCGAGCAAGCAUCGGCCUCGCCUGCCUCUGCGAACGAAGCUGAGAAAGCCACCCGGAGAGUCUACGGGCCUGCUCGGCCUGACGUUGCGGCGAUUCAGACGGAAGCCUUCGGUGUCACCGAUGAGAUUGCUCCCCCUGCAGCGAUCCAGGAGAAGGCGCGCGUCCUUCAGGAGCAGCGAGAAGCCCAACAGAAGGCAGCGAUUGCAGCUCGCAACGCGGCCAUUGACCAGGCAGUGAGAGAGCGACGAGAACGAGAAGAGAAAGCGAAGAACGAAGGAGGCGGAAGCCAAAGCGAGGCAGACCAAAAACUCCAGCAGAUGAGGGAGGCGGGACUGCGGCACGAAGAGGACAAAGCCCGAAAGCACGAGCUGCUCGCGAUGAAGGAGACGCUCCAAGAACAGCUGGAACAAAAGUGGCGAGUGAAAACUGAGGGCGGUGAAUUAUUCAAUUCGGUGCAACGGCAGGCGUUUUUCAGCGAAGGCAAGACCGUGGAAGACUUUUUGCAGCGACGCAGAGCAAGACGGAGAAAGGGGGCGGACGAAGAUGACAUCCUCGCGACAAAUGCCGAGCAACGCUGAGAGCUGAAAGAGUCGCGAGCUGCCAAGACAUUUUUACAUGUCGCAUGCCAAGCCUCUGGCGUGACGGAUACACAUCAUGCUUUAGAAUAGAACACACCAGAUUUGUCUCAGGAAUUUGGCUAGGGCUGCGCAGAAUAUGCAACCCAGUACCAGUCAACUGAGUUAAUCAUUGCCCCGGAGUCAGUGCCCAAGACAGAGCCGCGGCGAGCAGACUUUCUGUGGCGGGGGCCGAGCCUACCGCAGUGAAUCCCUGACACAGCACCCUGCUAGGGGAUUUUCGUUUUUUACCAACACAUCAACGUGGAGGGUGGAAAUCUCAUGCAACCGGGCGAGAACGGUACAGUCGAGAUAAAGUGCUGCGAAAGGUUUCCAA